GGUUAGCGCACUUUUUGUAUUACUCGUUACAGUUGUGGGUCUCUCUGGUCGUUUUCUUGUUAACAAAUCCAUUUUUUGUAUUAGUUUCAGUUUCGGUAUUUAAAAUUUCGCACAAAAAUCCAGGUUACUUACUCAAGUUUGCAAACCUGUGGUGUAUUGAUCAGUGUUGUCCAUCAGCAAUGUGUUAUUGUGCUCUGCCAGCAGAAACGUGGAUGCAGCCGAAGCACGUGGUGCUAAAAUCUGAACGUGGCAAACCUAUUGAUUGCUCUCCCAUUCAUUUGUAUUUUGAUCUUGCGGACUCAAUUGUUAAUCGAAGCUUUCCUAAAUUUAGGACCGACAUUUAUUAUGAAAGUUUAGUAUGGGCGUUGAAAUGUUAAAUAUGGAUAUCAUCAAAGCAAAUUUAAAUAACAUUACGGAUAACAGUUUCAAAAGGCCUGGAGACAAACCCAAAACUCUGAACUUAAUUCCUAAUAACGUACAUCUUGUUGUAAUAAGCAAGUUAUCCAUCCGAAAGAUUAUCCGUGUGAACUUACCACAUCGUUCAAAAAAUCUGUCUAUCUGUUUGAUAGUUAAAGAUUUUCGCAAAGAUGAUUAUGAACGCUCUACGGAAUCCUGGAAACGCCGUUGGAAUAUGGAUUUGAAGAAGUCCAAAUUGUCCCACUUAGACACACCUGAAGUAACAUUUUUACCACUGCGUGAAUUAAAAGUAGCCUACCAAACGUUUGCUGCCAAACGUCGAUUGGCUGCCACUUUUGAUAUAUUUCUUGCCGACAAACGAAUUGUUCAUCGUUUACAAAACAAACUGGGCAAAGCGUUCUAUCAGGAAGUUUCCGGAAAAUUCCCUAUCCCAACGUCAUUCUCGAACAACAACCUCGUAGAUACUGUUAGAAACCAAAUACAUACAUCUUUAUUCGUUAUUCGGGGUAAUGGGACAAGUGACAGUCUCAUAAUUGGGGAUGAUCUUUUUUCUCCAUCUGAGUUAAAAGAGAAUGUAAUAUCAGUUUGUGAAAAAAUCUGUACAGAAUGGCCAGGUGGUGGUUUGGCAAAUAUACGUUCUAUGUACAUUCAGAGUCCAGGUAUUUCCCUUCCCUUGUACUAUGACGAAACAGAGGUGCCCUUAACUACAAUAAGUGAAAAAUUAUCGAAUCUUCCUAAAUCUGCCCAUCGAAAAUCUCACGCACUUAUUAAGAAACUAAAAGGCACAGAUGGUGAGCCAAUCGUUAGUCAACCUAAAAAGUCACAAAGACUACUCAAAAGACUACCGAAAGAACUCGUUUCACAAAUUUCAGAUGAUCUUCCUUUAACAUCAGAUGAAAUCAAUACAAUUUUACGCAAACGAAAAUUCGAAGAUGGUAACAUCCCACAAAUGAAGCGAACACGAAAUAAAAGGAUUUCCCGUCGUAAAUUUGUAAAAAUAUAGUCUAUUUUUCUGGGUUAUUUUUAUGGUAAUAACAAACUGAAUAUCAGAGAAAUCAGCCUGGAAGAUUAUCUUUAUCUGUCUUGCAAUAAUUUUGUUGUCCACUUCUAUAGACCCUCAACUAUGGAAGUUAAGGACAUUAUUUUGAGUCGUCUUGGUACGUGCGUAUUAC